GGGGCGCAUUUCAUUUUUGACACGUCCAAGCACUUUUGACACACUCCAAGAGGGCUUGCGAUCCGUGCUCGCUGCGUGAGUCAUGACAGCAGCACCUCCAGAGCCGGCGCAAGGCGGCGUGGCAUCGAUCAGCUCAUGCGUCUACAACCUCACAAACACCAUAAUUGGCAGCGGCGUCCUGGCGCUCCCCGCAGCGUUCGCCACGUGCGGCUCGGCCUUGGGAUCGGGAUUGUUGCUUGUUUUCGCGCUGUUCAGCGCGCACGGCCUACACCUGCUCUCACUCUCGGCGCAGAUCGUUGACGGUGACAAGGCGUCGUUCCGGGCCGUCGCGUCCGCCGCGGCGCCGCGGUUCGCGACGUUCGUGGACCUGGCCGUGAUCAUCAAGUGCUUCGGCGUCGCCUGCUCGUACCUCAUCGUCGUCGGCGACAGCUUGCCGAUCGUCGCGCAAAGGGCGCUGCCGGACGUCCCGUUCGCAGCGCGGCGCGAGCCGUGGAUCUUGUUCGCCGCGCUCGUCGUGACGCCGCUCGCGCUAAAAAAGAAAUUAGACAACCUGCGCCUCGUGAGCGCGGCGUCGCUCCUCUGCUGCGCCGGCAUCGCGCUCCUCGUCGUGAGCGAGAUGUUCGCGUCGGACCGAGACGCGGAGACGAGCUACGUCGUGGCCGACUUCCGCACGCUCAAGAAUCUGCCGAUCUUCGUCUUCGGCUUUACGUGCCACCAGAACAUCUUCGCGGUCAACAACGAACUGCGAGACCCGACGCGGCGACGCCUGGACCUCGUCGUCGUGGGCGCGGUGUCGCUCGCCCUGGCCUUCUACCUUAUAAUAGCGAACGCCGGCUACGCGACGUUCGGCGCGAGCAUCCACUCGGACGUGCUUACCCGUGUGGAAAUCAAAUUUCGGCCGCCCCACGCCAUCGACGCGACGGGUGGAGCUUCCACGCACAGGUGCUUACAAACUACGCCGCGGCGCCCGCGAUCGCCCUGGCGCGCGUCGCCGUCGCCCUCGAGGUGACGAGCGCCAUCCCGCUCCAGCUCCAUCCCUCGCGCGAGUGCAUCAAAUCGCUGCUCCAGCGCGACGCGCCGGCCGCGGACUAUUCGCUCAUCGACGGCGAGUCGCCGUCCCGCCGGCGGUCGUCGUCCCAGGGCGACGACGACCCGCCCGAGGCGCCGCGCGACGUCGAGCACAUUUCCAUCACCCUUGCCUUCCUGGCAGGAGCGUUGGCCAUCGCGCUCUCGGUCCGGUCGCUAGGCAAGGUGCUGUCGCUCGUCGGCGCGACCGGCUCGACGACGAUCUCCUACAUCCUGCCCGGCGGGAUCUACUGGCGCGUCGGGCCGGCGGGGCCCAAGCGGUACCUCGCCGCCGGGCAGUUCUUCCUCGGCUGCGUGAUCAUGCCUGCGGCGCUGACGUUCGUGUUCCUGAAGUAGCUGUUGUAAAACUUGUGGUACUACCGGGCGCGUCUUUGCCAACAACUCGCGCGCAGCCUGUAAAACCCGUUUUGUGCAGGUCAGGGCCAGUCCGCACACAAAAAAGCGCAAGGCCACUUUUAGGUGCGUCUAGACGAGAGGCGGCAUGCCAGAAAAUCGGCCUAAACGCCCUAGGGCCGACGGCUUAUCACGAGCGUGCUAUGAUGGAGAUCUUGCAAGUGUCCAACAAUGCCUGGCGGAGGGCGCUGAUCUGCUAGCGCCAAGACCCGCCCGCGGGCCCGCAAAGCAAUGCAUGGAUUCCACUGACUCUGUAUUUCUAGCUAUCCACGAAUGCUCCUUGUUCGCGCGCGCCGACUGUUUGAGGGCGCUGGUGGCGACCGGGAACCUCGCGCAGCUCGAUCAGGUCACAUAUGCCCCCCAACGCUGGAGCUGCAACUUUACUAUGGACCUUACGCCGCUCAUGAUGUUAUUUAGAGAUGCAGUACUUGGUUUGCAUCCGCCGCUCGGCUACAGGUACAGACAAACCCCUGCCGACGUGUUGGCCUGCGUGAGAAUUCUGAUCAACGCGGGAGCUUCGUUCGACCACAAGGCAACUCGCGACGAUGAUUACUUCAGACAUGUAAUGAAUGCGUGUCUAUCGCGUACAGUCGAUAACGACACUACGAUCGGCUGGGACGUGUUCGAUUACGCUCGGGAAUUGGGAAAUAGGGAUAUUGUGAAUGUGCUCGAGGAAGCCGCGCGCCUCCGAUACUCGCGGAAGACGCACCGCAAACACCCGCGGCCCGCGCGCUACGCCGCCGCGGAGCUGCUGCGACUGGGCUACCAGAUCGGGUCCGGUGCGCUGGUGCCUGUUUGGUCGGACCACGUUUUGCCGCUUCUCGUCACGCGGACGAGCAGACCGUUAUGUCCGUGGAGCGUCGUCGGUUACGCUCGCGAGCUGGGGACGCACUUUGGCUCAUAUGAGCAUGUUGGUGCUGGUGUGUGGCGUGAUGGCAGUAGUGGGGCGCUCAUCCGGGGCGAACGAUAGGUCACGGGGGCACGUAAUAAAUAGAACAUACAAGAUU